AGUACGCAUGCGGGAAGUGUGUCAACCGGUGUACUCUCACCAUAACCUGUCACUUUUAGUAGAAAAUAGAAAUUAAUAAAAAUGGCUUUCAGUACUUUAGAAAAACUUGGAAUUGUAUUUGCAGUGGGGUUUAUUCUAUAUGUAGUGAAAUUUGUAUUUAGUGUUGUUUAUAUCUACGCGCUUGGCCCUGCUUUGAAUAAGUUGGACUUCAAAUCCAGAGGAAAAUGGGCCUUGGUUACCGGAUGCACCGACGGCAUCGGAAAACAAUAUGCAAGACAGUUGGCAUCCAGAGGCUGUGACAUUGUUCUAGUCAGCCGUUCUUUAGACAAACUGAAAGCUACUGCGGAAGAAAUUGAAAAAGAUUUCAAAGUAUCAACAAAAAUCGUGAGAGUCGACUUUAGUGAUGGCGAAAAUAUCUACGAUACGAUUGCCAAAGAAAUCGCUGACCUCGAGAUUGGCACGCUUGUCAACAAUGUUGGCGUCUCCUAUGUUUAUCCUGAAUACUUUUUGGAUAUUCCUGACUGGGAAAAGUUCCUGUCCACCACUAUCAACACGAAUAUAGUGUCGGUCACUUAUAUGACCAAACUCGUGUUACCUGCCAUGGUGAAGAGAGGAAAGGGCAUAAUCAUCAACAUUGGUUCUGGUUCAACUGCAAAUCCUGCUCCUCUACUUGCCAUGUAUGCUGCUUCUAAGGCAUACGUCGAGAAACUAACAGAAACCCUUGAACAGGAAUACUCCAAAAAAGGCAUCAUAUUCCAAUGCGUCCUCCCGGGUUUUGUUUGCUCCAACAUGUCUGGAAUCCGCCGUAGCACAAUAUUGGCCCCUACUGCUAAGACUUAUGUCAAAUCUGCCAUUGGUCAUGUGGGAAUUGUCUCCAAAACUGUUGGCUAUUUGCCGCAUGCUGUAUUUUUUUUGGUUGUUAACACCAUUUAUGGAACAAGCAAGGCCUUCGGUAUUUGGCUGGUUACAAGGACAAUGGAAAACAGCCGCAGAAAAGCACUCAAAAAACACAAGAAUCAGAGAGGAAAAUUGGAAGCUUGAUCGUGUCCGUCUCUAGAAUUUAUGACCAAUCUGGAUAUUUCAGUUUGAAAUUUCAUUGUUGAGAGUCAUGGCGAACUUCCCGUCC